AUGGACUCAUAGUAACAAUAAGAUUAAAAAUAACCUUCAAGCAUUGGACAAGCAAUUAAAUAAUAGGUCUUGAAGGCUUGGCAACCCGUUCCUACACUUAACUCCACCAUUAUUUUGUUUGGCAUAUUGAGUGUUUAUUUUCUAAGCAUGGGUAUUGUACUUAAUGUGUAUUCUGGGAAAAUUAACCAAUAAAGUUUCAGAUAUGAUGCCUUUUGUUAAGGAUAUCCCAUAUGCGAUUUUACAAUAGCUCUGGACACCAAUUACACAGCUCCAGUCUAUAUAUAUUAUUAGUUGGAUAACUUCUAUUAGAAUCAAAGAAGGUAAUACAUCACAUCAAAAUCAGUAGAAUAGUUGUCUGGAACAAAGGGAUUGGGAGUAGAUGAUUUAAGUUCAUGUUAUCCCGUCAUCACUAAUGCUUAAAUGAAUAAGACUGUAGCAAUAGAUGGCACACCUUUAACACCAACAGCUCCAGCAAUUCCAUGUGGUUUGAUUGCUCAAAGUUUAUUUAAUGAUACAUUUGAUAUUUCCUACGAAUUAAACAAUGGCACUCUAAUUAAAGUUCCUGUGUCAAGCCAAGGCAUAGCUUGGCCAACUGAUCUAGAGGUUUACCAGAACACAGAUGCCAGUUAAUAGUGGUACAAUGUUACGGAUGAAAGGUUCAUUGUUUGGAUGAGAGUGGCAGCAAUGCCAAAUUUUAGAAAGCUUUGGGGAGUGAUCAACCAAGAUCUUCCAUAGGGUCGUUAUUCCAUAGUAAUUACAAAUAAUUAUGAUUCAAGUCAAUAUGGAGGCAAGAAAUAUAUAGUAUUUUCAACAACCAAUUAAUUUGGAGGUAAAAACGAAUUUUUGUCUGUUGCCUACAUAUGCGUGGGUGUAGCAUCGUCUUUAGUACAACUAUUGGAUUUUGUCUGAAGAAGUAUUUCUCAAGAGCUGUUCCGAAAAAAAUCUGAAUUAAUAUUUAAAUCCUAUCGUUGAAAAUUAAUUUAAAUAAAUUAAAA